AUGAGAGGCAUAAUCAUGGUUAACGAAAAUUCGGUCGACAAGCAAAUUUUAACGUUUCACAAUGAACAAAAAUGGUUGGAUAUUGUUAAUUUGAACUGUACUUUGACUAAAUUAAAUAAAAGCAGAUUAUUUUGGGUGCUACCGACUAUUAAUGAUUUGCAUUGGAUGAAAGAAGUAAUUGAUAAACAGAAUGUGGCUGGAUUAGUGAGCAUAGGAUGUGGUUGUGGUUUAUUUGAAUGGUUAUUUGAAGAAUAUUCCGGUUUGAACGUGAUCGGUGUAGAAUUAGAUCACUCUUGGUGGUGUAGUAAAUAUUCACCGCCAUUGUUUCUAAAAAAUAUCGUUUUCAUUCGUGAGAACGAAGACAAUUCCUUUCUAUCGAACGAAUAUGCCCUUCUAUUUUGUUAUUUUAACAACGCGUCGGCAUUCUGCAAUUAUGUCGAAAAUUAUAAAGGGCGUCUUAUUUUUGUUAUUGGACCAAAAUCAAACGAAGAUCGUUGGACGGAUCCAAUGCCAUUUGACAAGAAGUUCGAUGAAUAUGGUUGGAAAUUAAUUGGUAAAAAAGAGAUGGAACGUACAAACGACUAUAUUACAGUAUAUAAUAAGUGAUCGAAUUUCAUAUAAAAAGACGGACAAAAAUUUAAAAGACACGCUGAUUUAAUUAUUUAUAAAAAAAAAUU